AUGUUUAGAGCUCCAGCAUUUAACCAGUCAGUUUCGUUUCGACCAGCUCAGACAACUUCUGAAGGUGAAAGUGUUUAUCCCGGCGGCCUCACUUACGAGCUUUAUCGUCAUUGGGCAACUGAACACUGUGUUCCGGUUGUUCGAGAGCUCACUUUCGAGAAUGCCGAGGAACUCACCGAAGAAGGUCGUCCUUUUUUGAUUUUGUUUGUGCCUCCUGGUGACAAGAAUACGAUCAAAGUUUUCACCGAUCAGGUGAUGCUCCAGUUAUCUGAUCGAACGUCUGAUUUGAACUGCUUAGUGGCCGAUGGUAGGAAGUUUUCGCAUCCGUUGCAUCACCUGAACAAGUCUGAAAACGAUCUGCCGCUGAUAGUUAUUGAUAACUUCCGUCACAUGUUUUUGUUCCCAAACAUCAAGGAUCUUAGCAAACCCGGUGCAUUGCGACAGUUCGCGGCCGAUUUUUAUUCUGGCAAGCUGCACCGAGAUUUUCAUCAUGGUCCUGACUCGACAACUACUGAAAAGAUCCCGGUAAGUGUCGUACCCAGACAUGUUGAUUUUGGCUGUAAUAUGAAAUUGAGCUAAGA